UAAAUACCUGUCAAGGAACCGCCAAGUAGGGCAUCCGGCUCUACAAUCAACUUUUCAAACUCGUUCCAAGUAUUACAACGACCUUCUUGCGCAUGCCUCGCUUUGUAUGACAGUAAAAUCAUGUGGUCGCUCCUAAUUUUUGCCCUGGCAUCUACCGCUAGUGCCGUCUUUACUAUCCCUGAGGGUCAGCGAGAUGGUGUCUAUGAAGUCUCCUACGAUGAAUCGGAUCGCGGUGUUCACACGUUCCUCCGCGGCCCCGCCACCGACGCGGAACUUGCCAAGCUUCCAAGCCGAGGCCUCACUGGGGAUCUCAAGGCACCCAUCUCUGGAAGGACUCUGUCCAGGCUCAAGCGGUCCGACACUCUCGACUGUGCGGGCUACAGCCUUGAGCAUGGCAGCACCGAUCUCGCCGUCGCGGCCCUCGGGGCGCAGUGCGACCCGUCAGGCACCGUAGGGAAAAAGCGGGACUUCUACUCCAUCUCGUACACCACGGUGGCCUACUUUUGCAACUUUGGUAAGAAGGAGACUAUCUGCCGAGCCACCGAGGUCACGGACUCGUACGGCCUCGUCGCGAAGUCCUGCGGAAACUACACCGCCGGCUGGAGGACCCUGCAGGAUGAGACCCGCUGGGUGUCGGUCGGCUUUGAGGACAAGGAUCAGAAGUUCUGUGCUCGUGGAACUGAAGACUGAGAACUGAGUGCUUCUGCGUUGCGAUGAUGCUAUCGGACACAGCCUCUAUACACUAUCAUGAAGUCAAAUUAAUGAUUAUUCAAUAUGCAGUGGGAUAGAGCAUCAUAAAUCCCCAAUUUCUUCAUUAGGACGCAACGGAUGUGGGCUGUUUCAGCACGAUAUGGUUCAGCAAACGGUGAAAAGAAGUGUGCUGUGCGGGGAAGUUAAGUUAUCAACGCCUUAGUAAUAUUAUGGAUGGAGCAGCAAAUAGUUUUAGUCCCACUCUGUACUAUUCAAUGC